AUGAAUUCCAAUAUCGUGAAAAUCUUGUUCAUAACUUUCUGUGUCAGCGGGGUUAUCGCUGCGGAGGCACAGAGUUGCAAAGAAGUUGUUGCCACAAGUGAAGCACAAAGUGUCGUCGUGCAAAGCAAUGUUACCGGUUGUCAGUACCGAGUCACAUCGGACUCUGGUAAAACGGUGAAGGUCUACGUUAAUAUACCAAUUGAAGUAAGUGCGGAGUCGGGGGCUACAACUACACAAGCGGCGGCAACGGAAGCAACUACAGCACAAACAGCGGCACCUGCAACUGAACCGGGAAAGGAUUCUGGACACCCGAAACCAGGUGAUCCGGAGAAUGGUAACAAAGAUGGUGGUGGUGUUGCCGGGACGAACGACCAGGUACCAGCAGAUCAGAAACAGCCGGAGAUUCCGAACGGUGCGGGGAGUCAGCAACCUUCCGAUGCUUCACAGCAAGGGUCACCAGAGGGAGGCGUUAAAGAAGGAAGCGCUUCGAGUUCUGGUCAGCUUCUUCGACGUGCCAGAGAUACCUCCAGUACCGAAGUGAUGGUGUACUACAUACUGGAUGGUGUAUCAAAAUCCAACCCCUCAGUACUCCUUAUAUUAGCAUUCAUUGCACGCCUUAUCAUUGACGGUGUUUGCCAAGCGCAUACGCCAUACAGUUUCCGCACAACUAAACCAUUCAAACUGGACGAGGGUAACCAUGGCACCCUGAAUGAAUGA